CCAUUAGCAUAACCCUUCCUUAGGAAGAGUGAGAUUUUAUAUUUGACAACAAAGUGUUACACUCUAUUUCUAAGUACUAGACUUCAAAUGAUAAGGUCCAAAAGUAUUAUAAGAAGAUAUUCAUUUUUUUGUCCUAGAGAACUUAUUUUCCUGUGAAAAUGCCUACCACAAAGAAGACAUUGAUGUUCUUAUCAAGCUUUUUCACCAGCCUUGGGUCUUUCAUUGUAAUUUGCUCGAUUCUUGGGACACAAGCAUGGAUCACCAGUACAAUUGCUGUUAGAGACUCUGCUUCAAAUGGGAGCAUUUUCAUCACUUAUGGACUUUUUCGUGGGGAAAGUAGUCAAGAAUUGAGUCACGGACUUGCAGAACCAAACAAAAACUUUGCAGUUUUAGGGAUACUGAAUAAUUCUUCCCAAAAAACUCUGCAUUUGGUGACUAUCCUGUUCCUGGUCCUGAGUUUGCUCACGUCGCUCCUGAGCUCCGGGUUUACCUUCUACAACAGCAUCAGCAACCCUUACCAGACGUUCCUGGGGCCGAUGGGGGUGUACACCUGGAACGGGCUCAGCGCAUCCUCCGUUUUUGUGACCAUGAUACUGUUUGUGGCGAACACACAGUCCAACCUUCUCUCUGAAGAGUUGUUCCACAUGCUUUACCCGACAACCGCCAGUAAAGGAACGACCCACAGUUACGGAUACUCGUUCUGGCUCAUACUGCUCAUCAUUCUUCUAAAUAUAGUCACUGUAACCAUCAUCAUUUUCUACCAGAAGGCCAGAUACCAGCGGAAGCAGGAGCAGAGAAAACCGAUGGAAUAUGCUCCAAGGGACGGAAUUUUAUUCUGAAUUCUCUUUCACCUCAUUUUGGCAUUGCCUCUGUUUUACAUCAGCCCUGAGUAGUAACUGGUCAGCUUCUCUGGACAAUUCAGCAUGGUAACGUGACUGUCAUUGAUGACAGUGUUUGUGUUUCGUGACACUGUAUUCUUCAUUGAUGCUGUACUCCUGAAAAGUUUCUCCCACAAGGUUGGGGAAAAUGAAUGGGAAAUAUAGCCCGUCUGUGUGGCUUUCAAAGCAGUAGCAUCAUGACGAGCGUAACGACCCUUCUGACCUGGUCUCACGAUCUGAAAUAAUAAAAGGUUGUAUCAUGUUUCUUUUCUUUGAGUAUCUCAAAGCACUUCAGCUCCUAUGAUCUCAUUCCCCUCAGGAGGGACCAGGUAUUUUUAUUCUACUCUAUACAUGAAGACUUCUGAGAACAGAGGGUUUCAGAACUCACCUUUCCAGGACCAAGUGCUGGAGGCAAAGAGAGACUUUGGAGUAAAUGACUUGGUUCUCUGGACCCUCAGUUGCUGGCAUAUUCAAACCCAAUGGUGGGUAAACGUGAUUAUAUGUGAUCCUCAAACACAUUUUUGAGAUUCCAAGAUGGGGUUUGGGUCAGAAAGAGAAUAGAAAUGAGAAGAUCAAAGAGAAAAAUGAUAGCCCUGUGGUCUAUAUGGUAAAGAGGCUAAACAUUAUAUUUUUGGUUUAAUAGGAUUGUGGUGAAUUCAGUCAAAAUGGAAAUGAAACAUUGCAGCAAGUUCUAGCAACCACCAUGUCAACCAACAGCCUUAGUUUCUGUGGUGUAGACCCGGGUGUGGCAGGUCUGAUGGAAGUGUGUCAUCCAUCAGCAGGCUCCUGCCCAGCUAGAGACUGAGGGAGAAAUGGGUUGGAACACCGUGGCUUGCAGGCAUUCAUUCCUUGAGUCAGAGACAGGGCAAACGUGGAAUGCGGGCAUGGGGUAGGGUAGCCCUUUGAGAACAGAUUGGGUGGUUCCUGGUUUCAUGAGAAGCCAGUGGGCAACCAGGAAAAUUUUUUAAAGGCAACAGAAUGGAUCUGACCUUCUUUCCGGUAGACUAUUUUCCCAGAAAAUCACUUUGAGAAUCUUUUGCGCUUGACUAGUUCACAAGUUAGCCAGGAUGAACACUGAUAGGGUUCUGAAAUGAUCACCUUGCAUGUCUUGAUGGGACUAGGGCCAAAAGGAGCAGAAUUUCCUGGGUGUGAUUUGCAGAGCAGCAUCUCUUUGGGCAGAAGAAUAUCUCAUUUAUGAAGCUACCAGGGAUUAAUGACCUUCUUACUCAUUAUUUUUUAACACUGUCUUAGAAAGAAUAUUUUUCAUUUAAGAAAUACACACAGGAUACCUGCGAUGUGGCUAGCACAGUGCUAAUCAGGGUGUCUGCCCCCAUAGAGCUACUGUUGGACAGUUAAGACAGCUAUUCAGAAAGCAAUUGCUAAACUCCAUUUAAAAGAGGUAUUUAGUCACAAAUUGUGCUCAUUCGUUGAAAGGUCGGUUCUCUGUCACAUUCUGCCCUAAAGUCCUACUUAUUCAAAGUUACUCUUAAUAUUAAAUUUGAAUGUAUUUGUAAAAAUCUGAUCAACAGUGAGCAUUUUCUAAAUUCUUUGGAUCUAGAAACACAUUCUUUGAAAGCUUGCAUUUUAUAUCAGAUUUUAAUAAUGUGAACAAGCAAUGAAGAGGAAACAGCUAUAGAUAACAAACCCGCAGAAACAAUUGCUAAAUAGGCACUCACAUCGUGUGUUUGUGUGAAUGAUUGUGUAUCGUGGAGACAGCACUGCAUUUAUUCACCUCAGCAUUGGAGCAGAGCUCGGUUUCCUUAGGGGGAAACAUGUUCUUAGUACUUAUAUCACAAAUGACCUUUAAAACGUGGGAAGCAGGUAAAUGGAACUCUAUUUCACAAUUUGGGAGACGAAGAGAACGGUUUCCUUUAUGUGUUUUAAGGCAGAAGAUAAUGAAACUACACAUUCAAAGUCUGUAGAAAUGGCUUUAAUGCUAUUCACAAGCACAGGUGGGUGUGCGUUUCACAAGCACAGGUGGGUGUGCGGAAGGGUGAACACCUCCGUGCCUCAGCCUACAAGAUGGGUGGAUGGCAUAGUGAGGCAACAAUUCAUUAGACAAUGAAUAGUAAUUUGCUGUUUUAAAAUGACUUAAUAAAUGGACAUUGUUUUA